AUAGAUCUCAAUGAAUGCAGUAGGGACAAGUAUUACUGCCAUCAGGUCGCCAGCUGCAAAAAUUAUCGUGGUUCAUUUACUUGCACUUGUGAUCAAGGCUACUUUGGAGACGGCUUUGAGUGCGAGCUCAAUUACGCAAGUAUGAUCAGAUACAAAAUUGCAGCGCUGCAUAUUAAUGAUGAACAGCAAGUUGAUUUACAGUAAUCUAUUCUCACUGGAGCCAUCAGCAAACAAUUCCCGUGAUCCCAAUAAUAUAGGGGAGACCUAGCCGGAGACGGUAGGAGCGGGGAGCUCCUGGUAAAGAGAUAGUUCAUCAAUGCGGAGAAAUGGGUGGGGCGUGUAAAGAAAUGUACGAAACACUGAAAAGACUGAGCAGGCUAUUAAUUGCGAAGAGAAACUAGCGUUAUACAUAGGUAUAGGAUAACCACGAGCUAUACGCGGCGUGUUAGUAUCACGCUCUUUUAUUGCGGAGUUCUUAUGUUUUCAAUGGCCAUCAUUCAGUAGCUUCUACUGCAACGUCUUAAUUUUCGAGUGUCUUUUUAUGAUUUCCCAUUCUAAAUGACACGCUAUGGAGAAGAGUAGCUGCGCAGGCGACAUGGUAUCCUCCUCCUUCUUACGAGUCUGAAGUUUGCAGUUUAAUUCGGUGGCCUGGUUAAUAUUUUGCAUAUUCGGUAGCAUGCGUAGCAGGCACUUGGAAGUAGUGGGCGAAAGAGAGAACGGCCGCGCGCGCUCGAGGGAGACACGCUUGCGUGCCCGUUACUUCCAACGCCUGCAACGCAGGCUACAUAUUCAGCCUUAUUAUUACCCCUAGUUUUAAACUCUUGCUGUGAGGAAAGGCAUUCGAAACUAAAAUUGAUAAUUUUGCCUCGCAAGGUAAGAAUCCGAUUCGCAUUGAAAAAGAAUUUUUAAAUUCCCGGGUCCGUUCGAGGCCACCAACUCAGGGUCUUUAACUGCCGCUGACUGAGAGGCUAAAUUGUUUCCUUGGAAAAGGCAUCUACAAAAGGUUAAAAUUUUUAGUCUUCUCAGACAAGGACGAUAAACCGUAGGCCCCGUCUCCUAACCGCUUUAAAGAACUCAUGCUCUGUUCGUAAAGAGUAGGGGACGCAUUCUCCGGUGCUGUGGUCUAUCUCCCAAGGUGGGCGGGACUGUUAUGGGUCCUCGGUGAUAAGCACCACGCCCUGUUGCGGUAACCCUGCCAAGAAUUGGUGAACCUAAGUAAGUAAAUUAGUAAUAACUUUGUCUCUACUUUUUGUAAGGGGUUUGAAACAGUCUGCUAUUGUGGGGAAUGAUGCUAACUACUUGCAAUAUUUAAGCUCCUGGCUCAAACCAGUUGCUCAGAGCAAAUCUUCACGAUGGAAGCGUUGUUGGCGGGCGUCCGUGGAUGGCUGGGCUGCCAGUACUUUUCACAGCCGAUGUGACAACAAAGGACCAACUGUAACAAUCAUAAGAGUCGGCGGAAAAUACAUUUUUGGAGGUUACACCAGCCUCUCAUGGGGUAAGUGGUUUGGUUUUUCUAAAACUGGGUAUUAUUAGCAAGUAAAAUUGUCCAAGGAAGUAUUUGAAGUAGAAAAUAAUAUUACCACGAAGAAGACUAAAAAAAGGUGCAUUCACGUAAUUUUGUCACCCUUAUCCCAUUUCGGUCAAUUCGCCAAAUGGAGGUGAAUUAUUCUGGGUUGAAAUUUGAAAAAUCUCUACCAAAUAUUAGACAAAGAAAAUCGUUGUCUUGUGUACACGUACCCCAUAAAACUAAAAUUAGGACGUUUGAUAUCGUAUUCGAGCUGCGAAUUUGCCGACAAUUAAAUUCUGUGCUGGCGCAUUUUCUUUUCAGAGUUGUUCCUCUCUAAAGUGUUUUUCAGGCAAAGUAUUCCGCACUAAUGUCUCAAGUGCCGCUGUAAUUAAAAGACCAGUAAUAAAAAAUAACUAGAAGGCGAGUGUGAAUUGAUCAAGGCUUAGCUUCCUUUUCCUGCCUUAAGACUAACAUGAAAACUGUAUGUAAAUAGUGCAAGUUAGAUGGGGAAAUUUACCACUUCUAAUCAAGUCUUGUUAUAGUUCACCAAAAAAAUUAAACAGAUCUAGAGAGAGUAUUUUGAUCAAAGCUACGUAUACUGAUAUCAACCUGAGUAAUAGCAUGGAAUCCUGGUUUCAUCUCACCUAUUAUGUGACUUUGACGUGUAGUUCAAUGAUCCCACAUUAGUUCAUUGAGCGUAAACUACGCGUCGCUGCGGGAAAAAUAAUCACAAAUACGUUAGAUUUUUUUGAUAUGAAUGUGUAGCGUUAUUAGAUUAAGUGGUAAAUACUCAUUUAGCAACGAUCCAAGAACUAUAUUGAGAAAUAGCUAUGGUACACUCAUGUUAUAAAGUAUUAGUGAGCUCACUAAAUAUAAACAGGAACAUAGACUGAUGGUAAGUUAAAAGUUAUAGUCUGCUCAAAUUAGGUCUGUCAUUAGGAAAUCUUAACAAGAAGGAUAUUUAUAAGCUAAAGAUAGAGGACCCUUUUGCCAAAGAAUUUGCAGAAAUUUGGUCUGACACUUCCUUUGAGGGGAGAAUAGUAUUAAAAUAUCAUUUUCUCAUCUCUACCUUUGUUGCAAAAUUCAUUAAUAUUCCGCACCUGAGUUUUCUGCAAUGAUUGACCUACCAUCAAUAACACAAAAAGUUAAACAUCUAAUGGACGAUAAUUCUCUCAACUUCUUUUCCCUCGACCAUUUUCAGAAUAGAUAUGAUAUUUGAGUAAUACCCUUAAUGUUUUUCGGAAUAGUCUCAGCCGUGAAAUCUUUGCAACGACAAAUCCCAGGAACACACCAGCAGCAUGACAGUUCUUUCAACACAUUUUUCAAUUGCCAAAAUUCAUCUAGAAUUGUUUUCAAACAACAAAUGGUAUAAAGACAUCUGCUCUUCAACCGGUAAAAAUGUUAACUCGAGAAACGUUUUUCAAGCAGCAAACACUUGUACAACGAUCUGAAAACUAAUUAACUUUAAUUUCAGAUUUUUACAUAGACGUUUACCAACUAACAGCUAUCUACAAAAAUAGGAGUUAGAGAGGACGGAAAGUGUACUUUUUGCCGCGACGAGAAAGAGGAUUUGACGCAUCUGUUUUGGAAAUGCCAAAAUGGCUUCAGUCGUGCCAGAUCCUCCAACCAGACAAUUACUUAGACAUGACCACCGUUUCGAUCCUUACUCCAGACAGCUCAUCCUUUAAGCUCCAUAUAAUUUUAUGUUGCCUUUUAGCUAAAACCUUUAUCUGGAUAUGCAGAUUGAAGGAAUGUUAUUCAAAUGACAACAACUUCCUACUUUAUCUGAGACAUAUACCAAUUAGAAAAUAACACACCAAGCAAUAUAUAUGUAUAUAUAUCUGUCUGGAUUUGCAAAAAACAUGGCUGCAGAAAUCUCUCUUCUAUACCCUCUGACUGAGUCUUGUAGUGCAGCAUUUUUUUUUUUUUAUAGCUACUUGUUAUUUAUUCAAUCGGUACCGGAGAGGCCACAGUAGAUAGACUUUCAUGAGUUUCUCACUGGCUAUUAAGAGCAGUUGUCUGUAAGAUUCGAACUAUAUUGAAAAGUCGCUGCUACACUAUCUCACCGAAUUGGCUAAAAACUGGCAUGUAGACUUGAUGAUUUGGGGUCUUUAAUAAGGAAUAGGUAACUUUAGGUUCUAAUUUCUUCCUUUGGACCGGCGCCAUAUUGGUUAAUAGAAGAUGUUUUUGUGCCGUCGACUACAACCCUGUCCUCAAAGCUAAUCUUCCUUUGCCGAUACACGUUGAAAGAACUAUCCCUCUUUAUUGUAUUUUUAGAAACUACUUCGAAAUUGAUAACGUUUUCGCAACGAUCGAUUAAACUUUUGGUGGGUAUACUUUUUGAAAUUUUUACACCUGUAAAAUUAACAGAAAUUCAAAGGCGUAUAUCUCUCUUGCCACAUCGCAUUGAAGCUUGCCACUCUGCCUGAAUACUCAUUGUUUGUAGUUAAAUCGAGUUCGUUAUUUAAAAAAGGGCAAAUUUAAUGGAGCGGAAACAAAAGUUAUGAAUGAAAGAGUGUUCUAGCGACUUUAUCAAUAAGCUUUACACCGAAUACUCGCCAGGUGUUGCCAACAUGACGGGCUUUGCUCACCAAAAAAAAUUAUGCAAAUUAGGCUAAGGGUAGAUUGAAUCUACCCAUGGCUUAUGAUUAACUGAAACGGGAGAUCACAAUUCGCGCCUUCAUAUGACUGAGGUGUUACUUUGGAAUCCUCGGUAAUUACUUUUUUCGCACUUGCCGACAUCCAAAAACACCCGGCGUGGGAAUCACGAGACGUGUAAAUAAGACAUUUCUUGACAUAAUAAAAAGGUUUUCCAGAUACGGACGCGCAUUUGUUGGCUUUACUCGCGUGGAGACACACGUCAACUGUUACUUCUCACGCGAAAUAGUAUUCAAGGCAUGGCUCUACUAUAAAAAAAACCCCGCUCCUUAUUGAUCGCACAACCAUAAUCAUAAAAGGCGAUAGCAAGAAAAAUAACUAUCACUCGAAUGGGAUAAUCGAAGAUCAAGAACCAAACCUCAAGAGAGCGGGGUUUAUAUCUGUUACUAAAGCGAAAAUGGAAAUGAAACAUAAACCCUUUGCCGACUCAGAAAAUAUUACGAGAAGCUAAAGUUUACCACCCGAGAAACAUUUUAAUGACGGCCUAUAAUCUAUUCUUACAGGAGGAAAGAAACUAUUUGCAAUUAUGUCGAUCGAACAGUAUACUAUCUUCUGUCUAUUACUGUGUAGUCGGCAGGAACAUUACACAAAACGGCUUCAGCAACGAGGUUCGAUGUGAUAAAUUAAGUACAUUUACGUACCUGUGAUAGAUUAAUGUUUACUCACUGAGAAUGAUUUAAUCCCAGAGAAACUACGAUUCCCGAAACAGGAACAUUUGGAAUUCUUGGACAUCAGUAACUACAACCGACUUAUAACAGCUUCAUUUUAAUAGCGACUUGAUUCUGAAAUAAUAUACCGUGAGAUUUAACGCAAAGCUCAUAGGGCAUGGCGAAGGGAAGGCAACCAGAGGGUUUUAAGUAAUCUGGUGGCCCAAUCUUUUCUCCGGCACUAGCCACGGGAAGUUAACCUUAAGAUUCUCUUUUGCUAAAGUAAUGCUUUGAUUUAUUUAACGUACGAUAAUUGACUCGGUUGUGUUUUACAAACACAUUUUUUUGUAACCCAAGCUUCGUAAUUAAGCCAGAGAAGGGAAAUUUUUGUCGUCGAUUUUCAUUGACAAAAUCAUUUGUAAAAACUAAUAGGCAUGUGAGUGUUACAACUUUUCAUUUGACGUUUUACAGUACGGAUAGCUCGGUAACAAGCGGCAAGAUAAUUUCAUUUUUACAUACAUAUAGUAGCAUCGUUUGAAAUUAAUGAAUAAUACUAAUAAUAAAAACGUUUUGAUGGUGUUAUCAUGAUUUUGGUUAAAACAAUUUUGUCACACUGUGUCGCUGAAAGUUUAUCUCAGUACCCAAGCAAUACUUGUAACUAAAGUAAAUUCUAUGUGAAUUUCUGAAAGAAAACUAAAGCAAAUCAGUGCACACUCCAUCACUUGCUGCAAAUUAUAACCCUGUAUCGAAGAAAAAUAAUUUUAAAUCACUCAAUAAUGAUGUUGAUAAUAAUAGCAAUAACAAUAAUAAUAAUAAUCCGUCAUCAGGUAACAAUAGCCCAUAAAUGAACUGGCCACCCAAGAGAAACAGAACCAGUUAGUACAAAAUGAAAAUGAUGAAAAUUAGGUCCUGUAAUCAGAUAACAACAGCCCAUAAAUGAACUGACUACCCAAGAGAAACAGAACCAGUUAGUACAAAAUGAAAAUGAUGAAAAUUAGGUCCUGUCAUCAGAUAACAACAGUCCACAAAUGAACUGACUACCCAAGAGAAACAGAACCAGUUAGUACAAAAUGAAAAUGAUGAAAAUUAGGUCCUGUCAUCAGAUAACAACAGUCCACAAAUGAACUGACUACCCAAGAGAAACAGAACCAGUUAGUACAAAAUAAUAAUGAUAACAAUUAGAUUUUGCCAUUAGAUAACAAAAGCCCAUAAAUAAACUGACUACCCAAGAGAAACAGAAUAAUAAAGCUAAAUGUUUUCUUUAAAUUGAAGUGACCAGAAAACAGAAAUACCUCACUGUAUUGGGAAUAACUUGACUAAAAACAAACUUACCUCAAGUCUAAUAUCACUAAUAUGUAACUUAAGUCCGUUUUAGUCUGACCUCUACCUUAAAGGAAAACAGAAUUUACAAGGCCAUCCGGUGGAAUGCUUUUCUGGCGAAGAAGACCAGUAAUCAAACGAACGUGGAAGCGACGUACACAGUAGCUGGCAUCAUGUUGAAUUCCACUACGGCAUAGGCCGAUUUGGCGGGUUCAAGUUCCCGCGUUGCCACGUUUUUCGUCAGGAAAUCUCCUAAAUAUUUCAUUUUUGGAGAAACCCGUCGGACGGACUCCACAUAUUUCUUCUUUGAGUGCAUGCCAAUGCUUUUGGGGGUUGUAACCCUCGACAGACUCGAAAUGGGAAACGAAGACUCAUACCGUCGACGGUCGCCUUCACUUCAAAUGGUUUCGAAAUCAAAACCACAGCGCUUUUGAACUUUGAAAGUCUAAGGUAGAAUAUUAAUUAAUUAGUAAGAAUUUAACUCGUUUACAUCGCAUGAUCGCUGCCUGACCCUCAAAAACAAAAAAAAUCGUACAUGUACGCUGCCGUCCAUUCAUUUGAGCGGCACUGGAAGCAAGUUUUUGCAGCGAUUUGUCGCACACGUCACGUCAUGUCUCAAGAGGGAUUUUCUGACUCCGGCACUCGAGCAUUUAAUAUUUCCACAUGAAAUAUAGGUCGCUCCUUCAAAAAUUUUAUCAAAGUGACAAAGGAAACAUAAAAUGCUUUAACGUAAUGUCUUUUAAGCCUGGCGUGCCCCGUCCAAAUCACCGGCAGUCCGAUCUGGAUUUGUUUAUCGGUUUUACAGACCAACAGUAAGUCUAAAUUCAUGUAAAUUACUUUCUACGGGUAGAUGAAGCGAGCUUUUAUUUUUAAGAAGAUACAUUUCGAAUGAUCAAAAUCUUUUUCAUUUUAAACAGAAAGGUCACGCCGCAAAAAAACCGUUGCGUGGGAUGCUGGCUCCUCGCCUUGCCUCGCGCUCAAAUGACGUGUCUCUCGCGGAUACUUGGCAUCUGGUUUACUUAUUAUGUUCCGGUCUUAAUUAAUUUUAUGACACCAAGCAAACACCUUUCUAUCGCGUACCAGGGCAUCAAUUUCCGGCGCCUGCUGAGAUUUUUUUUCUUGAGCAAAGCUCCUCAUGUUACAAUCGAUAAUAGAAAUUCUGUCACUAAAUCUGAGUGGUCUAUAUAAUAAAAUUAGCCUCUGUAAUAUCAGCCAUAGCUCUGCUGCGAAAAACAGUAGAAAAAGGCAGAUUGUAUAAGGAAAAGGAAAAUGAAUUUGUUAUAUUUAUGCUACGACGCGUAAAUAAAAUGCAACCAUAACAGUCCAACUGGAAUUUCUCUAAUUUUCCUCCAGUUCCUUUAUCGAAACCAGAGCUUUUAAAAUUCACCAUAAUAAUGAAAAUGGAAAUGCAUUGCCUUACUUGACGACAAAGAUGCCAAUUUCCACCUUGAUCGAAAAAAAAGUAAUAUUUCCCCACGCAUAUCGCGGGGCGAUCGUCACUUUCCUUGCAUGGCGUUACAAUUCACGUGAAACCGCCUGGUUUCAAACAACUGAACUGAAGAAUCCGUGAAAAACUUAGCCAGGGAAUAAAAUUGAUAUAAGUUAUCAUUAUUAGUGAGCGAGGAUGCGAUGAUAGUUUCAGCUACAUGUAUUUACAGCGUUUGAAGAACUCAUGAGACAUGAGACAUGAGCCCUUGAAAUAAACAUCAUUACUUCCGGGUUUUCCAAAUUGGGCGCCGGCAAAGUAAUAAAUAGACUCGUUCUAUCUUGAACGCCAUUAACAACGGUUCCGUGCAAAAUUAUUUAGUUUUUAUUUUCGUUUGAGGAGAUUCUUGGUCUUUCGAUAAAGUGCUUUGUGAUAAACAGGAAAAUUGGUUUGGAAGAGGUUGAGAAGAAUGAGGGAUGAGCACAGGAGAUAAGAAAACCCCAGUCACCCCACUGAGGGGCUUUAAAACUGUGCGCAAAUGCCUCUCCCUAAGGACAAUUCCAGAUUUAAGUUUUCUUGAAAAAGCUUAAAAUCGCUAGUCCAUGAAUGGAUAACUCAAGAUAGUCCUGAUUCUAAAUAAAGAAAAUAGCAAAGAAAAUUCAGUAGUAAAGCGACCAGAGUGUUUCUCCGAUAUCGCGAACAAAAAUGGUGUUCUUUCACGGUGUGACUUAAGAUGUGUCUGCAGUUUAAUGUAAAAUCAUUCACCAUGCUCACGGACCUUUCGACAACCUAAGUGUACCGAUUGAUGUAAUAUCAGUGGUAAAAAACGAACGCUCUUUACUGUAGGAUGAUGAGGUCAUCAUACAAAAGGCGUCUUCACUCUGGCAUCCUCAUUUUCUAACCGUCAAAACCUAAUUUUCUCUGCUCGUAAACUCAAAACACCUCUGAAGACAAGUAGUGGUAAUGUGCUUGUUAGUAAGACGACCAACAAGCUGUGCCCAUCGUAAAGAAUCUUGUCUGGGCUCCCUUGAAAAAUUGCACUUGAUCAGAAGCGUUCAAGUUCAUCCUCCGCCGCGACAACUUCAUGAUCUAUUUUUACUAAUGGGUGGUUCAGUUUGGAACUAUCCUUUGGCUUUUCCUUUCGGGUCUUCAGGAGCGUCUCUAUCAGGAGCGUAGCCAGGAUUUUCCAGGUGUGCGCCCAAUUCUCAAAACUUACCCCAACUUCUUGCUCAGUUCUCUCGUAUUAAACGUUUCCCUAUUACAUUUGCUAAUUCUGUUAACUAGAUGAGGUUAUGCGUGAAUGAAAUGGCACUUGCAAUCGGUGAGAAAAUUAGGUUAGACACUUUGCCCUCAAGUACGGCUCUCACGUUUUGCUUUCUAGUAAAAAGUGAAGCUUUGGCUUUCCCUUUCCGUGUAAACAAUUUCGUUCGGCUGUUCAAACUACUUUUAGAAAACAACAAACUACCCAACUUUAUUUUUAAUGAAGGUAUAAGGGUAGGAAUCCACAUUGUUUUCAGAUGUUCUUCAAAAUGUACGCCAUGCAAGUGGAGUGCUUCACUGAUUUUAACACGAAGAUUGUGAAGCAAUGUCUAGUGAGUGCGGGGGGUAAUGCUCCAUCUUAAAGAAAUGAAACUGAAAAGAAAAAUUUUGUAUAAUAGGAGUACACAUUUUUUAACUUUAUCGAGUUGUGAAAAAUCACAAAUUUGUUUCUUCUUGAAUGUGUUAUACUCUCAUCCAGUUUGAGUGUUUUCAGUGUUUCCGAUAUGUCCGUCGGAGAUCGGUAGUUACCGUGAAUGAUCGAUUAAGCGCCGCGGCGCCCAUUUCAUUUUCCAUGUUAAAAGUGCGGCGCUUAUUAGGGAGGGGCGCUUAUUUCAACUGCGGGUAAAACACUAAGGGGAAUAUAGAGAGAGAAGUCAGAGUUCGGCAAGAAAAAGGACAAAUAUGCACACCUCGAACUGUUAUAUGAACCUGGUUUCGAAAGUUCCCGCUCAUUAUAACUUUAGAACUCACGAUUGGGUCGUGGUCUUGUUUGUCAGGCGAUAUGGUUUUGAUGUCUUUUUAUAUCAAGCGGCAUAACAAGUCUAACAAAGGUCGGACGUUUACUCCGUAGCGGCGUUUAUUCCAGUAGCGGCGCUUAAUCGAUCAUUUACGGUAACUGCACAUUUGCUUGGAAAAAAGGAAAAAAUGAAAGGUUUAUUUUGUCACUUGGGAAGUUAAACUUGAUUUCAUAGGUCCGUUCAUUUCAAACAGGUAACAUAGUGCUUUCGUCAAGGGAAAAAAUGGAAACGUUUGCUCUAUUUUCCCUUGGCUUGGUGCCUUAGUGAUAUAUAAUUCUUUGGUCUUUAUGGGAGCACGGCUGAAGUCAUCAUAGCUUUUCUUUAAAAUAUAUAGAAAAACAAUCGUCGCUUAUCAAUUUUUAGAGCACUGUCCAGUCAAUUAAUUUUUGUUUAGUCAUGGACUAAAAUGAUCGUUUUUUGUUAACCUUUAUGGAUUUUUUUUACGCAUGUACGGGCCUGAGGAAAUGUUACCUGAAAACAAGCUACGAUCCUAACUUUCUACCUUCGAGUCUUUUCCACAGCCAUAAGUUUUUCCCUGAAGGAAUUUUUCUUUGUUUCACAUAAUGAUUGGUCUUGUAUGCUCAUCUAUUUUUGAGAGGCUUUUGAGAGGGGGGGUACAAUAAAGUUUUGGCCAUUUGUCAGUUGUCAGUUAAAUUUAAGGCCAUUUGUCAGUUGUCAGUUAAUUGGCUGUUAAUAAUUAAUUAAGUAAUUUAGUUAUUUCUUUUUUAUCCAAAAUUUAAUUCGAACAUUGCUACACUAAUAACCUUUUUUUUUCAAAUUUGGAGUUGAAUUCAUUACAAGCGGCUUUCUAUCGUUACUCUCCUGCUUGCCUGAGCAAAACAUUCCUCUCUAACCCUUAGACCCUUAGCGCAUCAAAAUUCACCUUCAAAAUACUUGAAGUAUAUCGCGAGAAAGACAAACAAAUAUCGCAAGAGUUCUUUCUUUUUUUGUUCGUUUGAUUUUAUUGGGUAUUGUUUGUCAAUGGCUCAGUUGUGAUUGGCUGGGAUGAAGGUGAUCGGGGAAUAUUGCACUCGCCCAAACAGGCGCGUUGGGAAGGGAGUACGGUAACAAACAAAAUAUGUUUUCUCCUGUGAAACAUGAAACAUAUCUACUAUAAGCAUGGGUGAAGUGUUUGGUUUCUAUAAUGUUUUGUUUUUAGCUGAUGUACUGCGUGUUUUAAUGUAUGAAUUUACAUACGAUCAACCGACACCACUAAAAUCUGACGUGUAACGAUCCCUCCAGGAAAGGUGUUGAGAAGCAAGCACACGGGUGGUUCGCACCACUGCCGCAAAGCUACAAAAUGUAGUCAUACAUUAGGCCACCGUAAAUAUAACAUAAAUAAUUUCAAGAAAAAUAAAUGUUACAUAGUGCAUUACGUGAAAACAAGAGCGAAAAUAUUCUGAAAACGUGACAGUACCCAGAAGGUUUUCCGGACUAACUUGCAUGCUUAUAUUUACACCACUACAUGAAACAAAUACACAAGCACUUAGAAAAAUACAUACUGUUCAUUUCGCUUCCUGAGUCAUCCAGCAUACUUGGAAGCUCCAUCUUCCACUGGUCGUCCGUUGUGAUGGCGAAGUUAUCACUUUUCCCGCCCGGUUUCGGUGCCAUCCGAUAAAGCUUUAUAUCGAAAUCUCCAAGGCCGUAUUUAAUUGUUAGUUCCUUGAGACCAAGGAAUUGAAUAAGGUGCUUUUUGAGAGCAUGUACUGUAUUUAAGUCAUUUAUCGGAAUAUGGCUUCUAUGUCUUUCGAAUGCCGUAUCCGAAUUAACGCGGUAAAAGCUUACAAUCGCUUUAAUAACGCCAGCAUUGGCAGACAUCAUGUAAGCUGGCGCGUGCUCGGGACUGCUCAGCGUGAGUUUGUAAGUUCGAGAUCAGAGGUGAAAAUUAUGACCCUGAUGUACAUGGGUCAUACAGUAAAUUAUUAACGAAAUAUGACACUCAAGCGUCCUGCUGCUAAGAUUUAAUAUAAAACGUGCAUUUGUUUGACGAAAAGAGUAAAACAUUGUUAUUUACAACGGGUUUUGAAGGAUAUUUAGGGCAAUAAGAUCUUUUGUCAGUUGUCAGUAAAACCCUCUACAAAUGUCAGUUGUCAGUUAAAUUUUAGCCUAUUUGUCAGUUGUCAGUUAAAAUUUUGGCCAUUUGUCAGUUGUCAGUUAACCCCAUUCAGACCCUCUACUUUCUGUCGCUUUUCCCUGAUCUAACAGCUCCUUACUGAACAAAAACGGUUUUAAUUGUGUCUAUUCAGAGAACUAGCCAACAUUUUUUCAGCGAUACGCAAGAUGUUCCUAAUUCCCCCCAGUCCCCGUCUUAGGCGCUGGCGUCGCGUAGAAUUCUGGGUUCACUGAGGUGAACAAAAAAUUUCCCGUCCGGGUAGGGGUUAGUAUUUUGCUGUUUUUAGCCGUGACACUUCUGAAUGAAGCAUACAUGAGGUAAAUACAAUAAAACGGUCAGAGAGUACUGGAAACAAGUUUGAAAAACAAAAAAGAUGGCGGCCGAAACGCGGAUAAUUUUUUUCUGGCUUGCAAAUACGUUUUCUGGAAAUUUUCUUCGCGCUGGCUACCCCUCACGGGUUCAGGUCAAAUUCAAAGGAAAACACAAAACACAGUUUUUAUCACAAUCCUUGGUUUAAAAGACUGUGGUGGUUUUAAAGGCAGACAAGAGAUAUCACGACAUCAGGUGGUACCGUUCGCGAUUUCUGCAAACUUUGGUUGUAAUGUUUCCGCGAAAGUCUACGCAGGUUAAAAUCCAUACAAAAAUGGCGAUUUUUUGGUUGGUUUGGAGCGCGAAAAACCCAGUGAAAUCCGAUAAGCUGACAUUAAUCGAAGGCAAGAUCUUGAAUUUGAUGUUUCUUGAUAUAAAUAUUCUGGUGGUACCCAUUGAGAUGUUGUUACGAGUAACUCACAAUCAGAGACAAAAAACUCCGAAAGUCGCUUCAGUCUUAUUAUUCCGCAAUAUUUUAAAGACCAAAUCGUGGCUCGAAUGCGGCUCUAGCCUGUUAAAUUGCCGGAUGUGACCGGGCAUUCUACGCGAUGAGUGCUUUUAAGGCAAAGGAUUCCGUACUAUUGUCUCAAGUGCUGUUGUAGUUUAAAAAAAUUAACAGAAAUGACUAGAACUUACGUUUUCUGUUUUAUCUUACCUAUUGUAUGACGCACACUCAAUUUUAUAUUAGCGCAUCAGUCUGUCUAGUGGCUCCCAAAGCACUAACACGAUUUUUUAACUAUUCUAUGUUUUAAUUGCUGUAGUCAAUUACUUAUUAUAGGUGAUUAUUAAUAUAAAUUCAUUUUAAAUCUACUUAUACAUUUUGUAUCUUUUUUAGAAUCUUAUCGUAUCUUUUCAGAGUUUUUGUUGUUAAUAGUUGUUUGUUGUAAGUAAUUUUAUCCUUAUUUUUCAUUUUAGUUCUAUAUCGUAAUCAUUUUUAUACGGCCCCUCAAGCGUUGAGUUUUAAGUCUUAUCGUGUUUUAUAAUAAAAGAAAGAGAUGAUGAUGAUCAUGGUGAUGAUGAUGAUCAUGGAUUAUGUUUGAAAACCUUCAGUAUGAAUAUGUAUAAUAUUUCAAAAAGCUACACAAAGAUCGAGCAUACAAUCGACAAACAACAUAGUCAGAACGGAGACCGCUGUAGUGUCAGCUAUUACAAGUGUAUAUUUCUUUUUUCACUCAAGUUUUCCUUGCACAAUUGUGAUGUACUUUGUCGCCGACAAGCAAAACCGUACAUUAGCAUUUUGAAGAGCUGGACCACGACCAAGACGGCAGGGAGUAAUUCGGAAGUUAAUCUGAAUGUACAGUGGAACCUCGGCAUAACGAAGGACCAAGUGACCGGCAGAAUUUGUUCGCAAUAUAACGAAGUUUCGUAUUAUCGAGGUUCUUUUCCAUAUAUUUUAUUAUUACCGGAGUAGCGAAAAUCGUUUGUUACACCGAGGACUUUAAUUGUUAUAUAGAGGUUCAUUAAAACAAGGUUCCACUGUAGUAAACGAUACCUGAACAAUUCAAGCCUUUUUGUCGUAGGUGACGACAAUUGAUAGUCUGUGUACAGACGUUCCCCCUUCUCAGAAAAAAUCGGGAGAAGAGAGUCGUCUCCCGAGGAGGGGGGACGUCUGUACAUAGGCCAGACAAGUGACUAUUAUUCUGCGAUUUAUUAUCGCCAUUUGUAAUAUUGUUGUCUUUAGCUUUUCAAAUAUGCACCAGUGUCUUUGUUACCAGAUUAGAUACUUUAGUAAGAGUAGUUAAAAACCUAUUAAAAACAAACUUUUACGAGGCUCGUAUCUUUACUAAGGGAAUUAAACUAUUACAAGUAGUACAUAUUUUCUUUUCACUUUACGAACUGUACAAAUUGGGAUUUUUGAAGCCUGGGCAUUAAUCUUGCUUUUCAUUUCUUUUUUUCCUAACAGGUUACGGCAGUUGCCAGUAUCGAUACGAUUCAUCGGCAUUUCUUUUCUCGCUGGUUAACAAACCAGGAUGGGCACCUGUGGAACUGCCUGCGUAUAGAAAUUACCGUCGUGCCAUAUACGAUUGCUCGUCUUAUGGACCUACUUUUGGUGGAGGCCAUGACAUUAAAAUUGUCGACUAUGCGUCAUCCGGUAGUGGUUCCUAUACUUAUCUUGGCCAUACUUACACCCCACCAAGCGGGUACAGCUCUGGAAGUAUCUUCACCUACACAUUCCUGCAAGGGCAAAGUGAUACGGGUUAUUUUACACCAGACGAAGUAGAAACGUUUCACGAAACAACCUAG